AUGAAAGUGAGAUUGCCUUUGAGUGGACUGCUAUUGGGUGUGCUGCUGUCAAGUCAUGUAGAGGCCGGAAUAGUACAGAUCAGCGCAUACGGCAACGUUUCCAGUCAAGGAUACUCCCCGAUGGGCAAUAGGUCUGAUGAAAGGUUAGUGAACCAUGGCGAAAGAUUGAGAAGGAUAUGACUGAUAACAUUUGGAUCUAAUUCCAGUGCUGGAACUAGCCGCACCAUGAGUGAUGGUGGAGCCUAUCGAAAUAUUUUCGAUGGAUUGCUCACGAAGCCUGUAAAUUUUGGAACCAGCAGCUUCCAGAAUUCGUACAAACUACCAAAAUACAUUGUUUAUCCCAGCAACAGCCAAGCUGUGUAUCCUCCACAACCAUCGAGAGAUGCUGUAGCCUCGGACCGAUUCGCUCCAGGAGAAGCAUAUGGUGGAACCGUUUACAAAAUAUUAAAAGCUAAACAGGAAAAACGAAAAGGAUAUCAGUACCAGAAGCCAAAUGCUGCUCCUUUUGACGACUCAAAGGCAAAUCCAUCCAUGACAGCUGCAGCACCCCCUCCACCACCACCACCACCACCAGCUCCCAUAACACCCCCUCAAUUUCCACUCAUUUUUGCAGGACCGACUCCGCUUCCAUCAACGUCCCUAGCAAAACCCACUGAUCCAACGACUGCUGCACCAGCGCCAGAUGCUUCUCCAGCAAUCCAAUACAUUCCGCCAUCAGAUCCAAACCUAUUUGCACCAAACAUACACUCUCAUUACCCUCCCCCACCAGCGAAUGGUGAAACUCGUUUCAACGGAGUUACAAGCUACCUUCCACCACCAGCCGGGCCAGUAGCAGAUGACGCAUCGGUAGAUUCCAAUCACCCAGACUCUCCCCCUUCAAACCAAUACAUACCCCCGGCUGAUCUAUUCCAAUUUCCACCAAAUAUUCAUUCCCACUACUAUCCUCCACCAAUGGGCAAUAACUUUUAUAUGAACGGCCUAACAAGCUAUCUUCCUCCACCGGCUGGUCCCACCGACACCUAUCUUCCUCCUUCAUCCGGAAUGUCGGCUGAUUCCUCGGCAUCCGGCCCACCGGAAUCCUCCGACGAUAUGAUCGGAACGAUCCCCAUCGGUCCAGAUUCUCCAUACCCUGCAUACCUACCACCAUCCGGUCCUCAGAGUCCAGCUACUCCGAAGCCCCAAAUGAUGAUGGGCAUGCCACCUGAUCAAAACAUGAUGAUGGGCAUGCCACCACAAAAAGACAUGAUGAUGGGCAUGCCACCCGGCCCACCAAUGAGUGGUAUGCCCAUGGACAUUCCUUUCGACUUCCACGGAUACGAUAUCUACUAUCCUCACGAUCACUUCCCGGAGUACAUUUUCGAUCACGACCACGACCAUUACCACCAUGACGAAUCCCCACCAACAACGACUCCUGCUCCUCCGCCACCACCCCCGCCACCGGCUAAAGUCAAAAACUACAGCUACUACAAAAUCAGUCGAACGCUGUGGUACAUUCCGCUGUAUUUCACCAUUUGGUUCGUGUUCUACAUUCUGAUUUUGAUCUUACGCUCCGUUGCUAGGCAUAAGGUCAACUAUCCCAACCAAUACACAGGUGACGUAAUACAAACAGCAAUAACAAGAUCGCUAGAUGACAUGGAAUUCAUAACGCAUGAACAAGCAAUGCACAAGGCGAAUGUAAUGACACAAUUCGUGAUGCAACAGAUCGACGAUUUCAAAGAGAAAUACAUAGAAUAA